GAGAGUACACAUGUCUUGACUUUGUAUGGAACAGGUCUUUCCAUGAUAUGUACAAGCAUAUACAUGCAGCACACCUAUUUAAUGAUAUAAAAAAUAGUAAGACUACUCUAAAUGCAGUAAAAAAUGACCUUGUAAAAUAUUUCUGCAAAAAGGAACGUGCAGCACCAGCCGAACAAAAAAACUUGAUAAUUUAUAACGAAUCUACUGAAAUUGUAUUUGAAGAAAUCCUUCAGAUUUUCUCAUUGCAAGGCAAUGAUAUAUUUUUUCCAUACGAAUAUAAAACUACAAAAAAGGACCUAUUUCGUCCUAUUGAACUACUUGAGCGAAGAACAUCAAAUGUAGAGACUUCUAAAGUAUUUAGUGCUAAGCCAAGAAAGCCUAGUCAUUUUUUAAAUGAAUUAACAACUAAUAACGAUAAGGAGGCAAGUAUUAAUGAUGUUGAUAAUGAAAACUUAAUGUUAGUUGAUGAUGAAACAGAGUUAUUAAUAGCAGCAAACCUGGAGCAAGUUGAAGUUAAAAGAAUUGAUGAAAUCGAUGAUGUUGAUAUCGAAGAAACCAACAAAGUCUCUCUAAUUAAUGCUACAAAUGCAGAAGUAUUAGUUUUAAGUCCAUUGCCACCAUCGGUUCAGAAAUAA